CACUUCAGACCAAUAGGGGCUUCGGUGGGCGGUCCCAGAGAAACACACUAGUGUUAAACUGCACCCCUCACCUCCACCUCCUCUCAAAUACCGGCUGAGAAGGUCUGUCGAUGUGUUGUGCCGUUACUGAUGCUCUUGCCUACUGGGAUCUCGUGCGUACAUUUCGUUUGUUUCGACCGGCGAGCUGUAAUCGAGGCUUUGAUAUGCCCAUUGUGGUGACCGAUGUCCCUGGGAUACUGCUAUUGUCCACCGGGAUGACCGAGUCGCAGAACGACACCCGCCGAGUCCUGAACGCCUCGACAGGAGGACAUCACUUCAGCACCCUGGACGAUAUCGAUGUGACCGCGGACGCCAGUCCGGUGCUGAGAAUCCUUAUCUCCAUCGUGUACUCUGUUGUUUGCGCAGCAGGGCUGGUGGGCAACUUGCUGGUUUUCUUUCUGAUGAAGACGAAGCAAGGCUGUAAAAAGUCCACUAUCAAUUUCUUCAUCCUUAACUUAGCGGUCACUGACUUCCAAUUUGUUCUAACACUACCCUUUUGGGCAGUGGACACUGCUUUGGACUUCAGCUGGCCUUUUGGAGUUGCUAUGUGCAAGAUCGUCCUGUCGGUGACCGUCAUGAACAUGUACGCCAGCGUGUUUUUUCUCACGGCUAUGAGUAUCGCCCGCUACUGGUUAGUGACCUCAGCUUUGAAGAACAGGAACCGCCGCUUGCCCUGCUCAGUACGCUGGGUCUGCAUGCUGCUGUGGGUCUCCGCCACUGUUGCCACCGCACCCACCACCCUGUUCUCCACGGUGGAUAACGUCGCUGGAGAGAAGCUCUGCCUCCUCCGUUUCCCCAAAGGUCAGAACUGGCUAGCGCUUAACCACCUGCAAAAGAUAAUGAUUGCCUUCGUGCUGCCUAUGGCUAUUCUGUCCAUCUGCUACCUGCUGCUCGUCCGUUUCCUCAGACAGCAGAGCACGAACAAUAACAACCCCAAACGGAGGUCGAGUGUAACUCGCUCGGUCACCGUCGUGGUGCUUUCCUACUUUUUGUGCUGGAUGCCUAACCAAGCUCUCACAUUCUGGGGAGUACUCGUCAAGUUCAGCGCUGUCCCUUGGGACAAAGCUUACUACCUCGUGCACACGUAUGUUUUCCCGGUCACCGUGUGCCUGGCUCACGCCAAUAGCUGCCUGAACCCCAUCCUCUACUGCCUCAUGAGACGUGAGUUCAGGAAGAUCCUGCGUGGCCUUUUCUGGCGAAUCUCACCUCCGGUCAACUCAAAUACUUGCCCUCUCCGGCAGUUCUCGGAAUCUUUCAACCCAGCCCAGUAUGACACGCAGGGUGUCAUUCCUGUGAAUGUGACGGGAAUCGAUCCAGGACGAGUGUCGUCGCCUCUCCACGGUGCGUGCAACACCGUACCUUCCUCUAGUACCUUCAUGCAGAUCUAAGUGAGGUAUUUUAAACGAAAGAAGGUCGGCUGUACCUCGUAGAAAAAAAAGUGGAUCGAUUAAUCCAGGCAAAGAGCAAAGGAGUGAAUCCAUGUUGAAUCUAAGAAAACGACCUGACACCCUAAUGUCAUGGCACUUGCUUACAAAUGCUGCUGCUCAAAAGAUGUACUAGUCACCCGCGCUCCUAGAUGCGCGAAUGUGGACACAGUGGGCGGUGGAAUGAAAUAUUUAUUUUCUAUCUCACCUCUAAAUGUGCUUCGUCCCGUCCACGGCGGGUUCCUGUCUGGCGCCUAUUUAUGCCGGUAUAGGCUAUUUUAUUUUAUUUUGGAUAAAGCUGCUUCAGAAAUUGGACGAAUGAACAUUUUAAACGUGAUCAUUAACUCGAUCAGUUUUCAGCCCGUUUGCAAAUACCCAGGUCGUCCAUGAAGAGAAGUUACCGAUUUCCUGCAACCGCUUGGACUAUUUCAUAACAUGUAAAUGGGCGUUCAUGCUUUCUAAGGACAUUUAUGUGUGGUGUGCAUGGGGAUUGCGGAUUGGAACAUAUGUCGAUAUGUUAGUGCGAAGAAAUUAAUGUGUACUCGAUUGUGAGAACACACGCACGCGAGAACACGCGUGGAAUUAACAUGUGCGUGUACUUUAUGUGUUAGUUGGAAAGAGAUAGAUAGAUAGAUAG